UCUCUUCUCCUCGAUCUCAGUCGCCACUUCCAUGGCGUGGGCCGCGUGCCACAGGGGUGGGUUGCGCAUCGCCGGAGGCGGCGGGGUUCCGGUGAAGCUCCGGGCCCGGGCCUCGCCGGAGUGGCUAUUCCCCGACGACCGGAGUUGCGCGUCGGUGGUCAAUGGUCGCCGACUCGGACCGAACACACCAUGUCUCUCCGACCGCCGCCUGCGGUGGAGAAGAAGACCGCCAAGAAGAAGAAGAAGAAGCGUUACGCUCCCAACCGCCUAUAUAAGCAGCGCCCCAGCCGCCGAGUUCCCCCCUUUCUUCCUCCACCCCGACCACCACCUCAAAGCUCUCCACUCGAUCCCCACCUCCCCCUCCCCCUCCCACCACCAUCCUUCAUCACCGCCUCCGUUCCGUUCCCCAUGGCGGAGGACGAGUUCGAGCUCGAUGAGGAGGUGUUUCUCGACAUACCCGUCGACGUCGUCCACUCCGUGGUGGCGCUGGCUGCAGGCGGCGGCGGCGGCGGCGGCGACGCUCUGCAUCCAGAGCGGGAGAGAGCUCUGCACCCGGCGGAGGACAGAGGCGGGGUUGCGCUCGCGGUUGAGGUCGUGCCCCCGCGUGAGCCCGACGACGAGCAGGGGACGGGCGCCGGCCACGGCGGCGAGGAGGAGGAGACCGACAUCGUCGUCGGCGACUAUAUGGAGCGCGGCGGCGGCGACGACGACGAUGUGUUCUCAUCUACAUGCCUCACGACCGUGCUCUUCACGCUGCUCAGCAUCAUCGUUUGGGCCGUCUUCCUCUACGGCGCCGCCAAGCUUUGCGUCAACUACUUAGUUCCCUUGUUCCGGCAGCAGCCACCACCAUCACUUCCAUCGCCGGCCUCGCACACCUACGACGCCGACGCCGAUAUGCGGUGCCCAUGCCCAUGUCCCUCAGAUUUACAGGCCUGGAGGAACUUGGUAGGUGAGGACGGCGACGCCUACGCUUCUGAGCUCUCGUGGCUCCCGCCGUUGGGGAACGCCUCAGCUGCCGUCCUCCCCGUCGACACUCUCCGAGUUGCCGCUGGUGCUGGGGGGCCGUAUCAUUCUGUCGUGGCGCUGCUCGUUGCGGCAGUGAUCUUUGCUGUGCUCGGGUACCUCGUCAAGCAUCUGAUGACGCAUUAGGUUCCACCAAUUGCUAUUGGAGUACUGAUCUUACUUGGCCUCUCAUAGCAUUUAGGUGAUUUUUACCCAGUGAUUUCACAUCGCAUGCAUUGAGUUCUCCCUGGUUUGACUGCUGUAUUACCAGUUGGCAGAAGUGAGUACCAACUGGUUGCUGACAUUAUGCUUGCGCAUUCGUGUGCCAUCAGAUUUUUGCAUGGUUUUGCACCUCAAGUUGAGGUUGUAUACUGGUUCUAUGAGAGUGCUUUGACGGUGUAAAUACUUCAUGCUUGAUGACCAGUGUUUUACCUGGUCACAGUUUUGAUUUUGAUAUAUACACAUAUCUCUUCUCCUGAA